UUGCCUUGGUUUCUUUCUUAAUCCUCUUUGAAUUCUUGAUUGCAUUGCUGCUAUAGCUAAGAGUUAAUCUUUAAGUGAUGGUGAGACUUUAGUAUCCUCAGGCCAAAGCUUUGAGCUAGGCUACUUCUCUCCUGGAAAGUCAGAGAACAGGUGCUUAGGAAUAUGGUACAAAAGUACCCCAAAGACAGUUGUUUGGGUUGCAAACAGAGACGACCCAAUAGCAGAAUGUUACAGGAUUUUAACCAUCAAGAGUAGCAGAGAAUACAGUUGCACCGCUCCUAGAUACUGGAAACCUACUUCUCAGGGAUGGCAUUCAAGAGAGUUCUCUGAGUUAUUUAUGGCAGACCUUUGAUUAUCCAACAGACACAAUGUUAGCAGGAAUGAAGAUAGGCAGGAACUUAAAGACUGGCUUAGAACGAUAUUUAAAAUCAUGGAAAAGUGCUGAUGUUCCAUCUAUCGGAGAUUUCACUUAUAGAAUUGAAGUUCGUUGGCUUUCAAAAAUGAAAAGAUGGGUCAAGUUGAGAUUGGGUCAUUUGGGUUUGAAAAAGUUCGAAAUUUCUUAAAUCAUAGAGUGGCAAAGAGAGUAGGGUGAUGAACCCAUUUGGUUGUGGAAGAUUUCCUUCACUUGGGCAUGUGUUUUAUUCAAACGAUGCGUUUUACUCUGUAGAGGAAGAGGAAACGGAGAAAAUCGAGUGCUUAUUUGAACUGAGCUUUAAAGUGACCAAAACGAUGCGUUUUGAUGGAGGGCGUAGAAAACGGAGGAAAUUUUGCAUCUUGAUCUGUCACAGAUAAUUUUGAUUUAAGAAUUUUGGAAUAACUACUUUUGCUUAUGUGGCAGCAUUUGGUUGGUCACUGCCAUCUGCGGCAAAACACUCACAGUAGAGAAGCUAGACUCAGGUGAAUUUCCCGCCGACUUGGCCGUUUAUAUAUAACCCCUACAACCCCAACAACCAACUUAUACCCAGUUAGAGAGAGAUAGUUGGUGUUGUAGUUAGGACUCAGAAGUGAUUUUCAGCUAUAAGUUUUCACGGGAACCAAACACCAAGAUCAUCGAGAAGAUGGACUUCCACCCUUUGCAGGUUUCACCACUGCCAAGGAAAGAUCAAGAUCUCCAAGAAUACAUCAACGUAGUACCAGAAGAAUAUGUGGCCAUUGAAGACCACUUGGAGAAUCCCAAUUUUCAACUUCACGUCCGUGAAAUCAUAAAGAGAAAGGUGGAAGAUGCGGAAGAAAAUCUCAAACCAUUUGCUAUCUGCUUUCUGAAAAUUGCUUCAAGGAUGGGGAACGACACCUUCUUGGUGCAUGGAUUCUUGAUGGAAGCCAAACUCGGAACUUGCAUAAGAAAGAUACUUCAAACGGAGCUUCAGAUUCCCAGAGGACUGAAAUGGCCAGUUCAAGAUGUUUCAAGCGAUGUGGGGUUGACCAUGUUGAGACCAUCCAAAAUACCAGCAUCACUACUUCUUGAUGCCCACCCCAAGAUGUCGCCCCUGCUGCAACCCUCUCAAUCCACUGGAGCAAUUCCUUCUUCUGGAUCCAUUCUCCAGCAACCAAAUGGGACAUGUCAGGACGGUGGACUUCAAUGCCUGGAGGAACUAGGGGCACAAUACACAGGGGAGGAGGUGAUGAGCUCAGAGGCUCCAAAGCCAGACUCUCCACAACCUAGUGGUCCACCGAGACUCACCCCACCGAGGGUAGGUAGGAUGAGGAAUGAACCAUAUCCUCAACCAUAUUCACCUAGACCAAACAGAAAGGCACCACCAAGCUCAGGCGGGGCAGCGGGUGAAGGAACAUCAGGCUCAGGGACACAGGGAGAGGGUACAGGACCAACAGACUCAGGGACACAGGAAGGGGGUGAAGGACCACCAGGCUCAGGCCCACCGGGUUCAACGGGCGAGGCGGUAGGCCCAAGCAAUGACCCAGAAACUCCAAAAGGGGUUUGUAGUUGCAAAAAUUGCUGCAUAAUAUAGCGCGUUUGGUAGUGUGGAUGAGAGUAUCUCAGUGUCAUCAUUGAAUUGAAUCCGAUUCUUAAUUUUUGGUCUUAUCUUGAGUUUUUGUUACAACAAACACAUACAUGUAUACUCAAAUUCGUAUCAUUUUUCAAUAAUAUAGGCUGCGCUUACAAUAAA